CAAAACUAUAAAUUAUCUCAAGGUCGAAGGUCAUCUAGAAAAGUCAAGCUGAAAGACACUGAGAAUCAAGCUAGUUAGAGCUCCAAAAUCAUGCCGAUCGCUGUAACUGACUACACAUGGAAAGAAUCAGAGCUUGACCUGACUAUCAUUAUCCCCUUGAAGGGUGUUAAAGGCAGCAAAGCAGACAUAUUCUCCACUAACCAAUACAUCAAAGUUAACUACCCCCCCUUCCUAUUUGAGGUCCAUCUCUUUGCAUUGGUGGUGGAAGAGAAGUGCACAGCCAAAGUGGGUAAUGGAGUGAUAGAAUUUGUACUGAUCAAACAAGAACCUGGGACGUGGGGACGACUAAACUCAGAAGAAUCGAAGGAAAAAUCCGUCAUGGUUGAAAAGAGGAGAGAAGCAAUUGAGCACGUCCAGAAGACAGCUUCAGAAGUUGUUGAGCAAAAAGCUAAGAAGAAAAAAGAGGAAGAGACGUUUGCCAUCAGACAGCAGAUGAAACUUGAAGAAGAUGAGAGAGAGCGAAUCGAGACUAUCAAACAAAGUGAGAGAGACAAAGCUGAACGAGAGCUGGAGGCAUGGAAGGAAAAGAAGAAGAAAGUUCGUAUACAAGCACAGCCACCAAAAUCCCAACCACAAACUACUAAAUCAUCAGGUGAACGCAAUGUGAUAUUUAAAUCUGACAAGAAGGGCCAAUCAGCCCCACCCCCUAGGAAAUCUGGGAGCAUCCAAGUUCGAUUCACCCCUCGAGUAUUUCCGACAGCUGCUCGCGAGUCCAAGGCUCAAGAAGAGGAGGAGUGGCUGACCAAGCAAGCAGCUGCUCGUCGUAUCACUAAGGACAAAGACAACUCAAAUGGUGACAUUAACGAGAGAAACCCUGAAUUUCUCAAAGAUAAAGGAGUGGAUUUCUUCAGAACUGGAAACUAUGAAGCAGCUAUCAAUGCAUUUUCUGAAGCGAUUGAACUCAACCCCAACUUACCGCAACUAUUCUCAAACAGAGCUGCUUGUUACCUGGCAACCGAUGAUAAUGACAAGUGUAUUAACGACUGUACGAGAGCAUUAGAACUGUUCUAUCCUGUGGUGCCCUCAAACUACAUGUCAAGAUCUAAAGUGUUUGUGAGAAGAGGAACAGCAUUUGCCAACGAAGAGGAGUAUGGACUGGCUGUGCAAGAUUAUGAGGCAGCUGUGAAACUAGUGCCUGACGAUGACUCUCUGAAGGAGGACUGUGUUAGGCUUAGAGUAGCCUAUGAGAACAGAUGUAUUAGGUGAAGCGGUUCUUUGUAUUGUAUAUGUCAUGGCAACCUGCAUAGUCACUUUCUGUUCACUAUUUUAAGUAUACAUUUCCAUUUAAAUUUUACCACACCAUUAUAAAUUACAAAAAGCAUUUAUACCUGCUGCAGCCCUGCAAGCACAACCAUAAUUAUUCCAUAAAAAUUAA